AUCAGAGUGAGAAUGACAUCAUCUCAAACCUUGGAGGUGGAUCAUUCCUGUGGAUUGGCCUGUACCGAGAAAAACUCUGGUCUGACAGCAGCACCUCUUUAUUUCGAAACUGGGCGGACGGUCAGCCAAACCACGGCGACGAAGAGUGUAUGGCAACACACUUUAAUGAAUCUGGAAAAUGGCACGAUCAAGACUGCUCCCUGAGUUACCCGGUCAUCUGUUACAAACCAAUUCCACCCAAAGCAGGAGGUUUCAGAGUUUCAGAUCAAGAUGAGGGCAGCAUCACUCUGCAGUGGAAUAAAAUCAACAUCAGCACCAGCUUUGUUCUCCAGUUUAACGGCACAGAGACAUUAAUCAGAGCAGCAGAUGGAGACGGACCUGUGAACUACACAGUUUCAUCUCUCACUGUUGGAACCAAAUACACAUUCACUCUCUUCUCUGUACUUGACGGCGUCAGAAGCAGUGGAGUAGAGCUUACAACGGCCACUGUGCCACAAAAUGCUGAAGACUUGAGGAUAACUGCACAAUUUGAGACCAAUAUCACUCUGCAAUGGAAUAAAGUCAACAACAACACCAGCUUCAUCCUCCAGUUUAAUGGCAUAGAGAAAUUCAUUUACGCUCCUGGUGGAGAUGGACCAGUAACUUACAUAGUCUCACCCCUGAAUCCUGGCACUAGUUUCACUUUCACUCUCUUCUCUGUGAUUGAGAACAUCCGAAGCAGCGGAGCACGGCUUACAGCUGCCACUGUGCCUGAACAUCCAAGCAACUUCAGAAUAUCGAUGUUGUAUGACACCAACAUCACUCUGCAGUGGGAUAAAGGCAAUGCCAGCUUUGUUCUCCAGAUCAACGGCUCAGAGACAAACAUCAGCGCACCAGAUGGAGAUGGACAAGUAUUUUACACAGCUCUGUCUCUCACUGCUGCAACUAGAUACACAUUCACCCUCUUCUGUGUUUGAGAACCUCAGAUCCAGGGGAAUUAGCAUCACUCAAGUCGCCGCUCCUGAAAGUCCCACAGGAUUCACAGUAUCAGCACAAAAUGAGAGCAGCAUAAUUCUGCAGUGGGAUAAGGGCAACGACAACAUCAACUUUGUUCUUGAGUUUAAUGGCAGAUACACAGCCAUCAGUGCACCGGGUGGAAAUGGACCAGUAACUCACACAAUCCCAUCUCUCGUUGCUGGAACCAGAUACACAUUCACUCUCUUCUCUUGGCUUGAGAAUACGAGAAGCACCGCAGUACAACUUACAGCUG